UUUUAAUAUUGUUAAAAAAAAUAUCAAGAAAAACUAUAAAUUAUUUCUUUGUUAAAGUAUACAAAUAUCUAUUUUAGAACUUAAUUACAACGUAUGACAAAAUUGUCACUCAAAAAAAACUUGUUUUAAAGUAGAUUAGGUGAUAAAAUAUUAUACUAAUACUAGACAUUAAAACCAGGAAGUAUACACUGUUUAAAAUGAAAGUCAUUAGUAAUAAAAAAAAUGUUCAGUGAAGGCAACAUUUAAUUAAUAAUAGAAUUAAAUUUGACGUAAUUACGAUAUUUUGUAUUAAUUUAUUUAAAUUGAGAUCAAUAACUAAAUAAAAAAAAUAAAAUGCUUAUUCAGAACAUUUUAACAUGUGGCUGGUCAUGUGCAUGUAUUUAUUCAGCUAUAAUUUCUUUUCUUCUAAAGGAUCCGAUAGAUGAAAAUUUUAAUUCGAUCGCUCAACAAGAACCUGAACAAUAUGAUUUUAUUAUAAUUGGUGCUGGAACUGCAGGAUGUAUUUUGGCAAAUCGACUUUCAAAAAUAAAAAAUUGGAAAAUACUUUUACUGGAAGCUGGUGAUGAUGAACCUAAAGCUGUCAAAGUUCCUGCUUUUGGUCCAUUACUGCAGGACUCGCAUUUAAAUUGGAAUUACAAAACGCAACCACAAAAAAAUGCUUGUUUGCAAAAUAAUGGUUGUAAUUGGCCACGUGGUAAAGUCAUGGGCGGUACGAGUUCAAUUAAUUAUAUGAUGUAUGUGAGAGGCAAUCAAGAAGAUUACGAUACUUGGGAAAGAAUGGGAAAUCCUGGAUGGAGUUAUAAUAACGUAUUGAAAUAUUUUAGAAAAUCAGAAAAUAAUAGAGAUAAAAAGAAAUUAGAAAAAUAUCCUCAAUGUCACAAAACUGGCGGUUAUCAGUUAAUAGAUAAACUUCAAUAUUUAGAUCCUAAUGCAAAGAUUGUUCAUAAAGCACUUGAAGAACUUGGACAUCAAAAAACAAACAUAAAUUGUGAAACUCAAUUAGGUUCAAUGAUUAUUCAAACAACAUCAUUUAAUGGAUCCCGAAUAAGUGCAAAUGAAGCAUUUAUUCAACCCAUCAAGCGAAAAAGGAGAAAUUUAUUUAUUAAAAAAAUGGUUCUUGUGAAUAAAAUUUUAAUUGAUCCUAAUACAAAUAAAGCUACUGGUAUAGAAUACUUUUCAAUUAUCACUGGAAAAAAUAAAACAGCUAAAGUAAAAAAAGAAGUAAUAUUAUCAGCUGGUACUGUAAAUUCACCAAAAUUGCUGAUGCUUUCUGGUAUUGGACCAAUUGAUGAACUUAAAAAACACAACAUUCCUAUCAUAAAAAAUUUGUCUGUUGGUCAUAAUCUUCAGGAUCAUGUCAGUUUUGUUGGUGUUACUGUUAAUAAGUCAAAUAAUUAUAGUUGUAAAAAAAAAUUACAAGAUUUGUAUCAUUAUUGGGAUACACAAAGAGGUCCUUUAGCUGCAAUGGGUCUUACUUCAGUUACAAGUUUCCUUCAAACAAAAUUUGCAACCAAUAAUACAGCUCCAGAUAUUCAAUUUAUGUUUGGUGGAGAUGGAAAAAUAUUUUCCUAUUACGAUGUUUUUAAUGUAAUGGUAACUUUAUUAACACCUGCGAGUAGAGGAUUAAUACGUCUCAAUAAUGAUGAACCAUUGUGGGGUGAGCCUUUAAUUUAUCCCGCUUACUUUGAAUCGAAAGAAGAUAUCGAUAGAAUGCUUGAGGCAGUUCGAAUGGCAUUGAAAUUGUUCAAUACAACGAUAUUCAAAGAGAAUUAUUUUCACCUUGUUAAAGACACAAAACCACCUUGCAAUAAAUUACUGUUCAAUUCCGAUGAAUAUUGGUUGUGUCAAAUGAGACAGUACACUUCCUCUACAUUUCAUCCGGUUGGAACGUGUAAAAUGGGACCGCGUGAAGAUUCAGAAGCUGUUGUUGAUGCAAGAUUAAGGGUUUAUGGAAUCAAAGGAUUGAGAGUUAUUGAUGCAUCGAUUAUGCCACUAAUUCCUAGGGGAAACACCAAUUCACCAACAAUGAUGAUCGCUGAAAAGGGAAGUGAUAUGAUUAAAGAAGAUUGGUUGAAAAAAGGAACAUAACGGCUACUUAAAAGUACUUGAGAAGAUUUGCAAAAUAAUGAAGAUGAAAAAAGAAGUUGCAGAAGAAUAAACAUUACUAUUCAAUGAUUCUAUUUUGGGUAUUAAUUGUUGUUACUAGAAUAAUAAUUAAAAAUAAUGCAAUGUAUAACAACAAAACUGAAUAAAUAAAAACAAAUCUUAAAAAAACAAAUUAUAAUAAAAUAAAA